CUUACCAUAUACGCCUUGCCAGCUGUAAGCCAAUAUCAACGUAUAAAUUAACUUGCACUUGGCUAGGCGCAUGAAAGUUUGUGUAAUUUGAAGACGAUAACUGAUCGUAGUAAACCAAAAAAGGAAUUGAACCAUCGAACCAUUUUAUUAAACUCUCUUGGGUAAUGCUUCGGUUCAAAUUUAAUUGAGAGGGCCUUGAACUCUGCUAUUCAUGGCCCUUCAUUACCUCGUCAAUUAAUUUAUAUAACUGGGAAGGUUAAAAAUUGAAUCUCUUCAGUUCUGGCUUCACGACUCUUAAUAGGCGUGCGCCUCGGGAAUGUAACUGAAUACAUGAUUAUCUGUUUGUUUCAGUUAACAACUCGAAGGAUAGGGUACUAUCGUUGAGUACGACCCACCAGCAGACUGCUCCUACGAAGACUGACGCCGAAAAAGACAAGUCAUCAGGUGAGGUGCCGACGGCUGAGAGCUCGUCUCGGGCACAAGGAACACAGAGCAAAUAUCUCAAGCUUUGGAUUCCUGUGGGAGCUGUUGCGAUUUUCAUAGCAAUAGCUAUAAUUGUUGCUGUUUACAAAGUGAUGAGAGCAAGAAGGCGAAAACCAAACGACGACGGUGAUCCUAACAGAACCAAUACACUAGAACUUGCCGAAAUUCAGGCAUUUGUGCGAAAGGGAUUGGAUCGGUUUGUAAAAGAUCUUGAAAUCGACGAGAAGAAAAGCAUAAUCGAAGAAAUCAGUGGCUCACGCUGUGGGUUUGCUGACUGGCGUGUCGUCUUGGAGAAACUUGAAGACCCUAAAUUAAUCAAAGCUUCGAGGGCAUGGAGAGCACUAGACGAAGCAAUAAAUAUCCAAAAAUUUUUAGAAGAAUAUGGUGAGAAGGAGGGAAGCACAGUUAGGAGAUUGAUUCAGGCAAUCAGAGAUGCUGGACUGGGUCUUUCUGCCAAUAAAUUGGAACAAAAUCUUGACCCAGACAGAGGAGGACGAAGUGGUGAUUCUGUUGAGAUAGCAGAAGUCGAAAAUCUUUGGGUGUAAAGUGGCAUUUUUUUACUAUCAGAUAGAUCCUAAAGUUUCCAUAUGAUUGUUAACAGAUAUUUAUCAAAAAGAUUUGAAGGUAGUUUUUUAUAAAUCAUCGCUAUGCUACUUUGACCUAAUUCUCUUGAGUCAUUAAUAUAAGGGGUUUAUUUGUUGCGGUAGUUAGAAAAUGACAAAAGUUAUAAUCAUCGCAUAUGUCAUUAUUACUGAUUUCUGAGCUCAGUUUCAUAUUUUUGUAAAGAUUUUUCAUGUUUUUCUCAACUUCAUUGGUAAUUCAUGAGGGUAACAGCCAAUAAAUGAGGAAUAUUGUAAUAAUGCCCUAUUUGAUAACUUUUUGUCACUUUCUAAUUACCACAACAAAUAACCCCCAUAUAUCAUUGA